UAAGAACGCUACUCUCGCCACACGUGUCCACCUAGAAGCCAAUCACAGACAGGAAGUCACGCCCCAGGCUGACAGGCUCCUCCUACUUUUUUCGACAAGCACCUGGUCAACUCGGUGAAAAACGUGCUUAAGGGCAGUACUGGAAAGGAAGCGACUAACUAGUAAGCUAGCCAGUUCACGCCGGUUGCCGCGACCCGCCGUCAUGCCGGAAUACAUGGACGACCCGUCGCAGCUCACUAAGGACAAGCUUAAGAGCGAGUUGCUGGCCCACAACGUGGAGCUCCCGAGCGGCAACCACAACAAGGACGUGUACGUUCAGCUUUAUCUGGAAAACUUGACCGCGCAGAACAAGAAGCGCUCCGCCGCCGCGACUUUGGACGCCUUCUCCAGCGACGAGGAGCUGCCGCCGCCUGUGGUGUCCAGCAGGAGUCGCUCUUCCGGGAGAAAAGCACCCAGGAAAACUGACAAGAUUCAGACAGAAGAGCUGGAUGUGGCGGCGCUGACUGAUGAAUACCUGAGGGAUGAGCUGCUCAAGCAUGGAGUCGAUGCUGGGCCAAUUGUGGCAUCAACUCGCAAACUGUACGAGAAGAAAUUGAAGAAGCUACUCGAUGACGGUCCUGCACAGGCAACAAUAACAAAGAUAGUGGUCACAGAGAUCCAAGUGAACCAAAAUGGCAACUCUGAAUCUGACCUCUAUAGCGACAAGGAGGACGAUGUUAUAGCAGAACCGGAUCCCGAGCCAGUGGCUGAGCCUGAGCCUGAGCCUGAACCAGUUCCAGUGGUGGACAGGCCGAUUCGGAGCAGAGGGAAGACCCCAGUCACGACCCGCACUCACAGCAGUGGGCACAAGACUCUCCAUCAUAAACAAGUGGCAACAGAGGCUCUUCUCAACACAGCUCUGCUCGAGGAAGAGUUCGGACCUCUAACCGACCGGCCAAUUAAAAGGAGGCAACUGACAAUCCCAAACUUCCUGUCCAAAUGCAGCCCCGCGAAGGCGCGCAGGAGCACGUCGUCGCCGUUCAAGGAGAACAAUGUGUCGCAGGUGGAGAAGAUAGCAGCUGGUGACCAAACCCACAAAGUUGUUGAGAAGGAUGUUCUGAAAGAGCUGUUCUCCAAUGACGUGAAUAGUCCAACAGGGAUCGUAGCGACUUGCAGACGACCAAUCCGGGGAGCCGCCGGGCGCCCAGUGCGCUCCAGCGAUCUCUGGAACGACGAAAACUCGUACUUCUCUCCCAAAGCUACAAAAACCAUCAGCAACUCCAGCUCUUCCUCGUACACGGAGAGUCGCGUCAUCAACCGAGUCAACAGCUUGCCAAACUCCUCGUCUUCCUCCUCCAAACCUUUGUCCAGCACACCCUUACUCCUGUCUUCACCGCCCCCUACUGGUGCGAUGAAAGCGGCGUCCCCGGGGAUGUCUCUGUGGAAAAAGGUGCUCUUGCUGGCGAUCGUGGUGGCUUUCCUGUUCUUUAUUUACCAAGCCAUGGAAACCAACACCCUCAACCCGUUUUCAACGGAUCACUCGGAGGUGGCCAGUGGCGGCCGGGCGUAGAGAAUGCGGUGGGAGUGGACUGUUAUGCUCAUAACAUUUAAAUCAAUCUGUGAAUUGAAUCUUUUUUUUUUUUUUUUUUUCAUAGUUGGUCUGAAAUGAUCAUUGUUCACCAGUUUCCUCAAAUCGAUGUUGGCCCAUUAUGUGAGAGCACAACAAAGCCAGCCACUUAUAGAAAACCCCAAAUAUUGUAACUAAUAUGGACUCACUAAUAUCUCUUUUUAUUUUUAUUUUUUAACUUGCAUGGCGUGAUUGAAUUUUACUGUGGUUGAGACAUUGCUUGUCACAGUAGAUAAUAGAUGGGUGGGUUUGUUUAUUUUUUUUUUUUACUCGAGCCAGCUUUCAAGGCUUAUCCAAAUAAAAUGUAAACCUUCUAGUUUUCUUAAACUCUUUAUAAUGUUGCAUUCUAUCUCAUGAUGUGUUCAUGUCACAAUUAUUGCAAUACAGUAUUGAAUUUACUCAAUAAACUAUAGAUAUGUCA